UUUUACGUCUCCCACCCCCUCCCCUCCGCACUCCAUGCCGGGUCUCUCUCCAGCUCGCUUGGGCUCGUUCGCGCCGCGUGAGAGUUGGCAAAAACCUCGCAGCCGCCGCUGCCGCCUCUGCCUCGCCCCGGUUACCGCCCCAGCCUCUCCGCCUUCUCCCGAGCCCUCCGCUCCCGCCAUGGGGCCAACUUGGGGCUCCUAAAUUGCCGCCUUUUAGCUGCGCGCUCUCCGGCCAAAGUCCUCGAGGGCCGGUUAUGGUUUAGGGCGCUAGAGGGGCCAGCACAGAGGUAACGGGAAGGGGAAAGGACGGCUAACUGGGGGAAACAAGGCCAAACGAUGAGUUUCCAAAAGGAGGACGGAGUGAGCAGCCUGUGCCAGAAGGCGCUGCACAUCGUCACCGAGCUGUGCUUCGCGGGCCAGGUCGAGUGGGAGAAAUGCUCGAGCAUCUUCCCCCCGGACAGGGGCAGCCAGGGCGGAAGUAGCGCAGAUAUUUCAGUCAGCCUGUUAGCAGUUGUUGUCAGCUUUUGUGGCCUGGCCUUGUUGGUUGUUUCACUUUUUGUCUUCUGGAAGUUGUGCUGGCCUUGCUGGAAGAGCAAACCCGUGACUUCCAAUGUCAGUACCCUUCCACAGAGCAUGUCAAGUGCUCCCACUGAAGUUUUUGAGACUGAAGAGAAAAAAGAGGUCAAAGAAAAUGGAGAACCAGCACUGAAAGCUAUUGAGCCUGCAAUAAAAAUCAGCCACACUUCCCCUGAUAUCCCAACAGAAGUCCAAACUGCUUUAACAGAACAUUUAAUUAAACAUGCACGUGUGCAAAGACAAACUACUGAGCCUACAUCUUCAUCCCGACACAAUUCCUUCAGAAGACACCUACCAAGGCAAAUGCAGGUUUCCAGUGUUGAUUUUGGCAUGGGCACAGAACCCAUUUUACAAAGAGGAGAAACAACAACCAGCAUUGGGAGAAUAAAACCAGAGCUCUACAAACAGAAAUCAGUUGACUCUGAGGGCAACAAGAAAGAAGAUGUCAAAACCUGUGGGAAGCUUAACUUCACCCUCCAGUAUGAUUAUGAAAAUGAACUUCUAGUUGUUAAAAUUAUCAAAGCCUUAGAUCUCCCUGCUAAAGACUUCACAGGAACUUCUGACCCUUAUGUGAAGAUGUAUCUUCUUCCAGAUAGGAAAAAGAAAUUUCAGACCCGUGUGCACAGAAAAACUUUAAAUCCUGUGUUUGAUGAAACUUUUCAGUUUCCUGUAGCAUAUGAUCAACUAAGCAACCGAAAACUACAUUUCGGUGUGUAUGAUUUUGACAGAUUUUCUAGACAUGACAUGAUUGGGGAAGUGAUUUUUGAUAAUUUGUUUGAAGCCUCUGAUCUCUCCAGGGAAGCCACAGUAUGGAAAGAUAUUCAUUGUGCUACCACAGAAAGUAUAGACCUGGGUGAAAUCAUGUUUUCCCUUUGUUAUUUGCCAACUGCUGGACGUGUGACAUUGACAGUCAUCAAGUGCAGAAAUCUGAAAGCUAUGGAUAUCACCGGCUCAUCAGAUCCUUAUGUCAAAGUGUCUCUGAUGUGUGAGGGUCGAAGAUUAAAAAAGAGGAAAACGACUACAAAGAAAAACACUCUAAACCCUGUGUACAAUGAGGCCAUUAUUUUUGAUAUCCCUCCGGAGAAUGUGGACCAGGUCAGCCUCUCCAUUGCAGUCAUGGAUUAUGACAGGGUAGGACACAAUGAAGUCAUAGGAGUGUGUAGAACAGGACUGGACGCUGAGGGUCUUGGGCGAGACCACUGGAAUGAAAUGCUGGCCUAUCACCGAAAACCAAUAACACAUUGGCACCCCUUGCUGGAGUUACCUGGCCGGGCAACCAGUUUUGACAGUCAAGGAUCCUGUCCAUCUCCCAAACCACCUUCCACACCAUAA